AUGGCUUUCGUAAGCUUACUUGAAAUCUCCAUUGCUUUCUUUUGUUUCCUUAUCUUUCACUUGUUCUUGAUCACCAAAAAACCUCACCGCUCCUUUCUUACAAACUGGCCGUUGCUUGGUAUGCUACCAGGUUUGCUCGUAGAGAUUCCUCGUCUUUAUGACUUUCUAACCGAGGUUCUUGAAGACGCAAACUUAAACUAUCUUUUCAAAGGCCCCUAUUUGGGAGGCAUCGACAUGCUUUUCACCGUUGAUCCAGCUAAUAUCCACCACAUCAUGAGCACAAACUUCGCGAACUACCCUAAAGGAACGGAGUUCAAGAAGUAUUUCGACGUUUUGGGAAAUGGGAUUUUCAACGUGGAUUCGGAGUUGUGGAAGGAUCUGAGGAAGUCAUCUCAAGGCAUGUUGAUGAAUCCCGAGUUUCAAAGGUUUUCAUUAGCUACAAGCUGGAGUAAGCUAGAGAAAGGGCUUGUUCCACUUCUUGAUCACGUUGCCAAAGAGAAACUCUCUGUGGACUUACAAGAUGUGUUUCAAAGAUUCACGUUCGACACAACGUUUGUUCUUGCGACCGGGUAUGAUCCAGGUUGUCUCUCCGUAGGAAUGCCGGAAAUUGAGUUUGCAACAGCUUUAGACGACGCUGAGGAAGCCAUCUUCUACAGACAUAUCAAGCCGGAGAUGGUGUGGAAGAUGCAAAGAUUGAUUGGGGUUGGAGAUGAGUUGAAGCUGAAAAAAGCUCACGCCAUUUUCGAUCGUAUUUGCUCCAAGUGCAUAGCUUCUAAGAGAGAUGAGAUUUUUAAUCUCGGUUCUUCUUCUUGUUCUAAGGAUUUGUUGAUGUCUUCUAUGAAUGUGGAUACCAACAAGUACAAACUGUUGAAUCCAAGUGAUGACAGUUUCCUAAGAGACACGAUCAUGACCUUCAUGUUAGCGGGUAGAGACACGACAGGCUCAGCACUCACUUGGUUCUUCUGGCUUCUAUCUAAAAACCAAGAAGCCAUUGCCAAGAUUCGUCAAGAAAUCAACACAAACCUGAUCUCAAGAACCAAGGCUGAUGGUUUUGGCUCUGAUGAUUCAGAUUCAUUCAAUCUCCAAGAUUUAAAGAAGUUGGUGUAUUUACAUGGCGCUAUUUGUGAAGCCCUAAGGCUCUACCCACCUGUUCCCUUUCAGCACAAGUCACCUACUAAAAACGACGUCCUUCCAAGCGGACACAAAGUCAAAGCAAACUCGAAGAUUAUGUUCUGUACCUACUCAUUAGGGAGAAUGAAGUCGGUUUGGGGAGAAGAUGCGUUGGAAUUCAAACCGGAGAGAUGGAUAUCUGAGAGCGGAAAGUCGGUUCAUGAGCCAUCUUAUAAGUUCUUAUCAUUCAACGCCGGUCCAAGAACUUGUUUGGGGAAAGAAGUGGCUAUGAUGCAAAUGAAGACAGUGGCUGUGAAAAUCAUACAAAACUAUGAGAUUAAGGUCGUUGAAGGGCACAAGAUCGAGCCAGUUCCUUCUGUUAUUCUCCACAUGAAGCAUGGUCUCAAAGUCACAGUGACUAAGAGAUGUUUAGUCUGA